AUGGCNCCUUCAGAUGGAGGAAAACACAAAUGUGACUUGAAUAAUGCAACCGAUGAAAACCAAUUGACCAUCUUCCUUGCUGAUGAGCCAUCUUUCACCUAUCUUGCCAUUGAGAAUUCCUGCAGUACCAGCCCAUGUUUCAAUAAUGGCACAUGUCAAGCUGGAUUCACCAGUAAAGGUUUUCGUUGUCUUUGUCGCCCUGGAUUCACUGGAACAACUUGCAAUGAAAAUUACAGAAACUGCGGUGAAAUCUACAAAUCUGGUGAACAAAAAGACGGUGUUUACACCAUCAACCCUGACAGUUUGCCUGCCUUUGAUGUGUUUUGUGACCAAACAACAGUCGGUGGGGGGUGGACAGUAUUCCAGAAGAGACUGGACGGUUCUGUUGAUUUUUUUCUUGACUGGAGCGAUUACAAAGUUGGUUUUGGAGAUUUCAAUGGUGAAUUUUGGCUCGGACUGGACAAAAUUCACCGCCUGACCUCAGAUGAUUACAGCAUGCUUCGCGUGGACUUUGAAGGGAAUAACGCUCAUGCCGAGUAUAACAAGUUUGGUGUUAUGAGUGAGAAUGACAAGUACAAGCUGAUCCUCGGUUCUUACUCAGCCUCAGGAACUGCUGGUGACUCUCUCUCUAUUCAUGAUGGUAAACCAUUUUCAACUCGAGAUCAAGAUAAUAAUGAUGACCAUAACAUAGACUGUGCCAAGAGGUUUCAGGGAGCCUGGUGGUACAAUAAGUGUCACAAUUCCAACCUGAAUGGCAUGUAUCAUGAUGGCUCUCACUCGGCUUAUGGCGUUGGCGUGAUCUUUAAGAGGCUUUUGUCAAAACAAAGAGAGGGUGUGGUAUAA